GGGUUUUUAAGAAGUGGAAGAAAAAUAUUCGCGAGGUGAUUAAACUUGAAGAUAUCAGACAAAGUCAUAUAUGAAUCACAAUGGAGCAUAUCGAUGGAAACUGGUUUCGAGAGGAGAACGAUAAAUGGAGUGGAUAUAGCAUUGGCAUAGAAGUAGAGAGAAUUCUUUACUCUGAAAAAUCAGAAUUUCAAGAAAUACUUGUUAUUAAAAGUAAAUCAUUCGGAAAUGUACUUGUGUUAGAUGGUGUUAUAUCAGCUGCUGAACGAGAUGAGUUUGCCUAUUUGGAAAUGAUGGCUAACGUACCCUUAAACUGUCAUCCAAAACCAGAAAAGGUUUUGGUCGUCGGCGCUGGUGGUGGUGGAGUUGUAAAAGAGGUUCUAAAGCACGUCUCUGUACAGAAAGUUGUCGCUUGUGAAAUUGAUAAGAAAGUUGUGGAUGUUUGUAAGAAGUAUCUCCCUAGUCUGUCACAGGAUUAUGACGACGACCGCGUUGAAUUAGUUAUUGCAAAUGGAGCACACUAUAUGAAAGAACACAGUGGAGAAUUCGAUGUUAUAAUUACUGACUCUUGUUUUGAAGGACCUGGCGAAGGACUGUUUACAGAUGAAUAUUUCAAAAGCAUGAAAACGGCGUUAAGACAAGAUGGUGUUUUAUGUUUUCAAGGUGAAAACAUUUUCAUGGAUCUCCCAUUGAUCAAAGAGAUCAUGACCAUAUCUAGGAAAAUAUACCCCAACGUUGAAUUUGGAUAUUCUAUUCAGCUAACAGUUAAUGGUGGUCAUUUCGGCUUUAUUGUUUGUAGUCUUAACAAAAAUACUAGUUUCAAAGAACCUUUGAAGACGUACACAGAUAAAGAAAUAGAAGAGAUGAAUUUCAAGUUUUACAACACUGAUAUUCAUAGGGCUAGCUUUAGCCUUCCCAACUUUGUCAAGAAAGAGUUGUACAACGAUACAGUGAUAGUACAAUAGACUUCCAGAUGACUAUGUAUUACAUACAAUCAAAUUUAGUAACAUGUUAGCAAUGUUUAAAUACAUGUUGUUCCAUUGUGACUAGUCCUCAUUACGUUAAAAGUUAUGUCAAAAUGUAGUAAUAGAUGCACAAUAAUAUAUUUUUCUCUGUAUUGUUCAGGAGUUUGUGCAUGGUUUGUUUGCAAAGUUGGAUUGUAAGCACACAAACUACA